CGAGGACCCCACCGCAAGCGCGUCUUCGUGUCUUUUGCACGCGUGAAGGCGAAGCAGAUGAGGUGAAUCGCAUGGAACACCACACGCAGCGCCGUACACGACGUGACAUUCCACAACAGCCAUGUCGCGACAACUCGCCUCCCGUAACUUGAGCCUGACGGAGGAAUUGGAACAUCUCGAGCAGUCCAUCACGCGCUGCCUGCAGGACAUCGACGCCAACUUCAGCAAGGCGCAUCGCAUCGUCUCCACCAGCAUCCUACCCAUCAUCGAGCAGUAUGCCAAGCACAGCAAUGGCGUCUGGGAGGGCUCAAAGUUCUGGAAACAAUUCUUCGAGGCCUCCGCCAAUGUCUCCUUGUCGGGGUACGAGGAGAACGUGAACGAGGAAGAUGUUACGCACACCGACAGCACAUCCACUGCCCUCGACACUCCCUCGGACCACGGAGGCUAUGCGCAACAAGGCGCACAAGAGCAGGAAGACGAGGAUGAGUUCGAGGUCGACUCCCCAACCCAAGUCACCGGCCUGCAGACCACGCCCAGACUUCCCUCGACGACCAAGAAAACGAACGGCAAAGCACCCGCGCAUCUCCGCUCGCCUUCCCCGAGAAAGUACACCGGCAAGAAUCCGCUCGCUAUGGACCAGUCACCCGAAGACCCCAGCACGCCUCGCCCGCAGACCUACUCCAACGUGCAAUCCUCCCCCUUCGAACCCGAGUCCGCAUACCAGGCUUCCGCCCAGUUUCCACGCACCAACAACGACCCGCUCAUGCAUCGCUCCGUGCUAGACAAGAACUACCGCGUCCAAGCCACGCCCCACACCCAACGCAGACAACGACAAGCCGGCCCAUCCGCAGCAGUAGGAACAGUAGCAGCAGCAGCAAAACCAACUCCAUCCACAGCCUCCAAACGCCUCCCUUGGGACGACUCUCCUCACUCCUCCCCUGCCAUCGCGGCCCCACAACUCCGCAGCGACCUCUUCUCCCCAACAAAACCCUCCACCGCCCUGAACCUCCCCCGCACCCCAGGCGUCUCCAUCCUCACCCCCGCGCGAAAUCGCACCACCACCGCCGGCGGGCCAGGAGCAGCGCCAACAACAACAACAGCCGCACCCACAACCUCUACAGGCCGCCAGCUCUUCUCCCCCCAAGACAAAACAUACAGCGCAACGAAGUCCAACGCCCGCUCCAACAGCGCCGCGCACAUCUUCUCUUCAGACGAUGACGACUCCUCCGACGGCGACGGCGAGAUGUCCCCGCCGAAAACGAUGCAGUUCUUUGUGCCGCAGAGUCGGCUGCUGCAGACGCCGGCGCGCGAGGCGAGUAAGCGGAUUGUAGAGGAUUUGUUGCUUACGGCUGGGGCGGGGGGUGAGGAUGAUACGAUGGAGGAGGAGGAGGAGGAGGAGGAGGAGGAGGAGGAGAUUGAAGGGAUUGACGAUCCGAGUUUGGUGGAUGAGCCGAGUCCGAGUUUGGUUGUGCGCAGGGGGAAGGACUGA